ACUUCCGACUUACCGCAAAGUCGAACUUUUCUGAAAAGUUUCAUCACAGAUUAUGAAUCUGACCAAUACGAUAUCGCUUAUGGGUAAACCGGGGCAAUCGGUUUGCUUCUCGCUUUAUCCACUCUAUGCCGUAAAAAUUCAGAAGUUUCGACAUCGAUGUCGUAUUCAGAAAGGAAGUUUCCGCUAGAAAGCAAAUUAUGCCGACCUGGCACACGACCACUUUGUCCUCUCCUGUUGUCACAUUAUUCUCAUUUGCUACGCAGGCCCGUGCGGAGGGCGCAGGUGAGUUAUCAUAUCCUUUAUCUUUUUCGGCACAGCUUAUUUCCACGAUACCCUCUUUUGAAAUCAUUGGCUGAUAGCUACGAAUAUCCGCUGUCAUAUUUAUCUACCCUCGGAAGUGUGUUGUAUGGGCAACGCCAACUCUAACCUUACAAUGGACACCUCACAUCAUACAUCGCACAGCAACUCCGAGCACCAUCAGAAAUAUGCGUCUGUUGGUUAUAGGCGCAAGCGGACGUGGAGUAUCUCGAUGACCUCCCAAUCGUCAACUGCAUCACAAUUUCCCCUUCCCCAAAAGCUCUAUGAAGCAUCCCCUGCUGAGGUCGUUCAAGGCGACCUCCAAGCUCAUGGCUCAUUUACCACUACCAUACCAGCGGUCUUCUGGCUCCGCUCGUGUUUUUCUAUUCAUUCCAAGCCACGUGGGAAGCGACUGGACAUGGGGUGGGCGGACGAACACAACUUUGAACUCCCCGAUCUCCCUCGAUCGCGGUCUCGUUCACCCGUUCGCCCAUUUAUAAGCCGCACGUCCUCUAUGAACUCAACCUUGGGCGAACAACUCAUGCCUACUUUAUCCUCACACGACUCCCCACCUGCAUCACCUCUUGGAGAUAAUAUCUCUACGCUCUGUCCUAUUCUUGAAGCUAUCGAGAAUGCCUCAAAGUUAUCGUGCCGCACUGUGUGCGUCACAUGUUUGAAAACAGGUAGGGACUUCCCACACUGUCCCCGAUGUGGUGAUACGUGGUGCUCCAGGGAAUGUAGGAUGCAGGGAGGGAAGAGACACGUCUGCAGAACGUGAUUCCCUCUAUGGUCCUGCUAUGAAUUUCCUCGCUAUCCACAUCUUCCCCAAAAUGCUUUCUACAGCUUUUACUGGUCAUAUGGCAUAAAAUUCUACGGCGAUUCUUUACGCACCCAUCAUGCUUCUAGGCAUUCUUUGUUACGCACAGGCCAAGCUUCUAGGCAGUUGUCUUACGCACGUGUCAUACUCCAAUAUUCUUUGAUACAUGCGCAAUGCCAACUGAAUUGGAUUAUGUAUAUAUUGGAUUCGUAUGAUGUCGUGUUUUCGUGUUCGGAUGACGUUUAAGACUAAGUGAAGACAAUUCUUGUACCCUGUGCAGGCACAAUUGCGA